AUGGAAACCUAAAUUUUGAGAUAAUAUUUAAGUUCAAAUGAGACUUACUCAAAAACAGAAGAAGUCAAACUCAAAAUCUUAUAUUCUGAUAUGUGACAUUUUCAUCUUAAAUUUAGUUAAUUUAUAAAACAGAUUCAACUUUCUAUAGUCACAAUUAUCAAAGAUCAAUUUGAAAGUCCGAACACAAAGCUGAUGGCUUUAAAAGUAUGACUCCCUCAAAAAUUAGCUUAAUAAAGAGCUUGUCGAAACUUUCAAUAGCAGUUACAUUUACACACUCCAGAAAACAUUAUUGCCUCUACUCGAAGAAAUAGCUAAAUAUAAAUAUACCUCUGAUGAUCCAGAUCGAGGAGUCACCUAUUUUUUAAAUGGUGAAAAUCCAAAUUCAGGUACCCAUUCUAAACUUAGUAAUGUUAGAUAAUAGAGAUUUACAAAAUACUGGAGAAUAAUUUGUUCGAGUUGUACUGGAAUGUAUAAGAGUUUGGAGUAGAUGGUUCCCUCUAGACUAUCAAUCGUACUACUUAAGCUCUUUUAAGAUAACCUACGAAAAGUUAGUAAAGUUGGGGGUUAAAUUUCCCAAGAUCAUUUAUUUUGAUAGCAUAGAAUAAAAUAUACCUCGUUAAUUAAUACCCUUAUCCAUGAUUAUUUAAUUACGAGAAUUACUCAAAAACUAACUUAAUCUUUCAACUAAAUAAAUAAGAAACUAUCUAGCCAUGAAUCCUGCUCACUUUUUUUAUUAACACAAAUAUAAUACAUUUGGAGAUUUUUUUCAUUAAAUUAAAAACAAAAAUCCCAUCCAAAAGAAAAAGGUCCUUAGAAAGGCUACUUUCUUAUUGGAAAAAGAAUUUGAAAAUCUAGAGACUUUGAAAAAGGAUUCCUCAUAUAAUCCUAUCUCCUCAGAGACUUUGCAGAUUGAAAAUCUUUGUUUGCAAAAUUUAUAUAAUGCUUUUUCAAUCAAAGUACCAGACUUACAAGCUCAAGUCAUUAAAUUGUAGAAUAAAGUGGCUAGUUUAGAAAAAUAACUCUUGGAUAGAGAAUAAAAAAUAAAUUAACUUUAAAAUGAAUUAUAACAAUUGUAAAAACAGUUUUCCACCAAUAUUAAUUAAUUUCUAACCUCCAACAAUUUAACUAAUAGCGAAUUAUUUGAAACGGAUGUAAAUUAAUUCUUAUAAUUAGGUAACAAAAUUAAAAUUACAUUACGGAAUUUAUGAUCAAAGUUAUGAAAUAGAGAAGUUGAAGACACACCUUUAUAAGUCUGAAUUCAAAAUAGAAGAAUUAACUGAAGAAUUAGAUCAAACUAUUAGAAAGAAGAAUUAACUUUUUGAUGAAAACAAAGCUCUAAGUUAAACAAUAUUAGUUUUAGAAAGAAGACUAUUAUAAAAUAAUAAGCAACCUUUAAAAUCUUUAUCAACUCAAUAAUGUCUAAGUGAGUAUCGACAAAAUACUAUGACAAACAUAAGCUAACCAAGCACAAUUGUUUAAAAAAAAUAAAAGAGCUCAGAAUUCUAAAACUCCUUAUUUUUAUCAUUAAGACAACAAAUUCUAGGAUAAUAAUUGUAUAUUAAGACACUUUAAAGCCAAUUAAUUAAGUUUGAUAAAUUUUUAUUGCACUCUGGUCACACUAAUUCUAUACUCUCUUAUCAUACUGCAUCUACCUAAUACAAAGGUAAAUUCUAAAUCUAAAAUUUAAGUCCCUAUGUUCUCUCCAUAAUCUGUAUCUUAACCUAAAUCAAGAGGAUCAAAAGAAAUAGCUUCUCCCUUUGUAGAUUACGAUGGCAAGAUAUUUGCAAUUAUUCCAGAUGCCUUUACUGUUAAAUUUAGGUAAUCUUGUUUGCUUAAAAAAACAAUUUUGCAUUCUGACGACAAUCUUUAAAUUGGAGUGCAAACAAGUUUAUAAUCCAAUAACUAGCUAUUAAUUAAUUUAGUCUUUCACAACAGAACCUAAGAGUAGUUAAACAAUUUAUGUGUUUCAUAUUAAAAGUCUUAGAAUCUAUCCUAUUAGAUUUAUCCUCUUAAUAUUCAAUAAUCCAUGAAAGUAAAUGAUUAAGUAUCCUAAAAAAUAUUUAUUUCGUUUGAAUAACUUCCUUAUUAAUUGUUAGAAUUUUCAAUAAAGUAUACGAAAUAACAAUAAGAGCAUAACCUCAAGGCUUGUCUUCCUUGUUCAAUCAAUAAGUUUUUCACUUUUUUAGAUGUUCCAUAAGAGACUCCAAAAUCUUAUUUUUAUAAUAGUAAAAUCUUUCAAACAAGCUUUUAAAAUCAAAUUGGGUAAUUGCUUCCUGAAUUUUAAAUUAAUUAAAUAAACGAGUAAUUUGUUGAAGCUUUAGCAAGGAUUCAAAUCGAAAAAUCAAUAUUUUUAAUUUCAAUCUCCUCUAAAAAUCAUCAGAUGUAAAUUAAGUUGAAUGGAAAUUAUUAAGAUAAAUUAGUGGAAUGCAUAGUGUCAACCUAUUAAGGGUUAUUUAUGAAGCGAUGA